GAACGUGCGGUCGUGUUGUGGCCAAGCCAGCGUAGCUUAGUUCCGCCGGCCGUAGCAGCAGUGGUGAUCGUUCGUUGUUGGAGGGUUGACUCUUCUGUGCCCGCGGCUGGCAGCAGUUGACUUCAUCAUAUCGAAUUGUCGAAAGCAAGUAGAAAGCAAGCGCAAUGACGGCGCCCGCGCUCAACCCACAGUAUGACACGAUUGGUAAAUCGUUCAUUACGCAGUACUACGGAUUUUUCGAUGAUGUAAACCAGCGGGGUAACCUCGCCAACUUUUACAAUGAGGAAAAAAGUAUGAUGACUUUUGAAGGCCAGCAGUUUUUGGGUCGAACAAAGAUCAUGGAGAAGUUCCAGGGUCUGACGUUUCAGAAGAUCCAGCACCUAAUCACGGCUACAGACUGUCAACCAAUGUUUGAUGGUGGAAUUAUGAUCGUCGUACUGGGACAGCUUAAGACCGAUGACGACCCACCGCACUCGUUUAACCAAGUGUUUAUUCUCAAGCCAAUCGGAGAUUCAUUCUACCUUGAGCAUGACAUUUUCCGCUUGGCUCUGCACCAUUGUUGAGGAGGAGAGUAGAAGGAGCAGGCUUAAUUGAAAACAAAACGCACGCGAGACUGAACUGUGUUUAUUACAACUGCUAUAUAAACGUAAGCAAAUUAUUACAAGAAUAUCAGUGAAUGCGCAAAACGGGCAAAUGGACGAAAAGACCGAUGCAAGAAAGAUGUUGCCUCGCCGUAGAAACCAGCUCUAAGGGCUAGUUAGAGAGGAAGUAGGCCGGUAGUGAUGCCGCGGCGUCGUCGCAUCAAUGACAAAAGCAACACUACAAAAAACAACGAUGAUGAUGGCAGCUAAGUCGAUACUCCCGUACAGUUAUCACGUCGUUCUUCCAGGAGUAUCUAUCGCAUACAGAGAAGAUAUUAUGAGACAAGGGAUUGCUACGGUCAUCAUCUCAGCUAUCAUCUCUGCGGUUGCGAUACACGCAUGCACAUACGUAUAUAUGCUGUUCCUCAGUCUCGUUCGAAACGACAACAUGGAUAACGUCAAGGACACGAGAAACCAUCAUACGACGCCGACAGAGACAGGCAGACAGAUACGUGCAGGUACAUACCAAUGCUGCUAUAGUAGUAGUUACGGGUGCGGUACUGUCUGAUUACUAGUUCGUAGGUAUUGGAUAAAUACAAUGCGCAUUGCUGGCAUAACGGGAAGAUAAUAGCACAUACAUAUAUAUAUACAUAUUUCUGACAAGCCUCCAAAAAUGCACACCCAAAUGCAGCUGUCCCUUUGUUUCCUUCAUACAAACUCAGAUACACAAGCCCUAGGUCCUAUACUCUUAGCAGAGUUCAGUCCUUUUACUCAGCUUGACCCAUUGACUUUUUCGAAAGCCUUACUCAUUUCAUUCUAUGCUGCCUUGAUUUUGUUCUUAAGCUGUUCGACCUAUCACAGCCACAGCCCGACUAUCUUAGUAGCUCGUGCAAAGUUCGCGUGCGAUAGGUAACCGCUAUAUUUAGACACAAUAUUCUAAGUGCUAACUCAUCACGUUCAUUUCGUAUCCCAAAAUUCCACUUUCAACUUAUUAUAAUUAUUAUUAAUGGGUUAUUACUGUUGUCAUUAUCAUUAAUGGAUUAUUGCUGCUAUUACUAUAGCCGUUCCUAUAUCAUCACUGUCAACACUUGUGGUGCAUAUGUUUUGUCUGCCCGUCUAUGUCGUCGUUUCUAGUGAGACUGAGGAACAGCAUGUAAAUCUAUGUGUAUGAGUGUAUCGCAGCCGCAACAUUAUAAAAAAAAUAAUGGCUGAGAUGAUCUUGGCAGUCUCUUGUAUCAUACCAUGUUCUCUAUAUACGAUGGAUGCUCCUGAAAGAAGGACGUGAUCAUGGAGUAUCGACGUAGCUGGCGUCGUUAUCCUUGUUGUUUGUAGCGUUGCUACCUUUAUUGGCACGAUGGCGCCGCGGCAUCACUGUCGGCCUACUUUUUCUUUAACCGACCUUUAAGGCUGGCUCAUAUAAAUAUAUAGAGACGUUAGAAUGAACAAGAAUAUUUCUUUGGUGAUCGGUUGAUCUACUUCGAUUGAAUUGAUUCUUGUAACUUGCUGAAUAAUAAUAAUAAUAA